AUUAGGAAGCAUAGUGGAUGUUAGUGACUAGAAGUAACAUGGUUGGUCCUAUUUGAUGAAGACAAAUAGCGCAUCAAAAUUGACUGCUCGGCCCGCGUGGGAACAUCUACUCCUUCUUUUCUCUUUCAACUCCCUCUUUUACUGCCUAAAACUUUCAAACGUAAAGCCCGCCACCAUUACCAUUACCAUUACACACCUGUCUCCCCAAUUCAAAAUCUCACUUUUCUCCACUGUGCUUUUCCUCGUUUUCUCUCAUCUUUGAAAAAGAGAAAAAAAAAAGGACAGAUUCAAACUCUUCCAACCCCAGCUUUUCUUACCUUUUCCUUCUUCUGUUUUCAGUAAUACUUGUUACCUUCACACUAGUCAUACAUACACUUGGCGAGUUGACAAUGAAAUUGUUAUCUUCAUCCUCUGUUUCCACCACUUCAAGCAAUGCUAAUUAUACUUCCAAGGUAAGUUGCAUUUCUGGGAUGUUGCGUCGCCUUCUUUGCUCCAACAGUCUUCCAACUCAUCCCUCAGAUCAAAUUAGUCUGUCUACAACGUACCAGUACAGUAAUCAUACUAAAGAAGCAGAAGCUGAUGAUGGACUGUCCUUAAAAGCACCUGGGGUUGUGGCAAGGCUGAUGGGAUUAGAAUCGCUGCCGCCUUUUAGCUUGGAUCAUGCAAAGGCAAGCAAUAACAAAUCAAUCUCCCGAAGCCGCUCUAUGAAUUCCGUUGAUUUGUUGAGAGAAAUUAAAGGGAGAAAUCCACGGGUGAAUAGCUUUCGUGAACCACCAACGUACAUGGAGCUUGAAGAUGAGAAUUUCUUUAUUCUCAGCUUUGAAAGCAGAGAGAUUGUGUCGAAACAGAGGAAAAAUAAUUUUGCAGAAAUAAAGCAGAGAAGAAAAGAGAAGCUGAAUAACAAGAUAAGGGAGAGCGUGGAUCUGAAGAAGAAAGAAAAUUUACAUGUUAUUAAUUAUGAGGUUUCAACUCAGAAGCUAGAUGACAAAGUGAUCCUCAUGCACAAGGAUUCUCAGAAGUUUACAGUACUUAAAGAUUCAACCAACGUCCUUAGACCAACAGAUAAAUUUCUUCAGAAUAUAUCUGUUGGGAUGGAAGACUAUGAAGGAGCAAAAAUAACAAGGAAGAAAAAGAAGAAAAAACGUGAAAGCUUUGCUGUAGAAAAACCCCUAACACAAUUUGAUUCAGAGAAAUCAAGCCCAAAUUCAGUUCUUUAUUUUGCUGAGACACAAAAUUCAGAGAAGUUCUUUAGGCUGACAAAUUCAAGAUCAAGGAGAACACUGACCGAGGAACUUGAAAAUUACAGGAAGCUGAAACUGACCGCAGGUGAUAAUAAUGGAGUGGAAGCCAAGAAAAGUGAAAGAAUUUGUGCUGAAUCAUACAAGCAUUUUGAAAACUGCGUACAAAUAUGGAGUGGUUUCAGCACAUUGGCAGAUAGAGAGACAGUGGAAAGAAACUGGCUACAGAAAGAGAUUUGCAAGUUUGAAUACUGCAAGGAGAUCGGUGGGGGCAUAGGAUUAAAAAUUCUUGAUCAGUUGUUGGAGGAGCUAGUAGAUCAACUUGUUGAACAACCCUUAUAGUAUUUUGUAUAUGUAAUACAACUUUCUUAAGGUUCUUAAUUUUGGACCUCAACUCCACAAGCACCUUUUAUCCAAGAAAACUCUAGUUUUUUCUUU